AUGAAGGCAGCUUUGUCAGUACACUGAGCAUGUGGCUCUACAGUGACACUGACUACACUCAGCAACUCAUUGUCCCAGAGAAUGGAAUAAAUCUGAAGACCAGAAUAUUUGUGGGGGUGAAAGCCACCAGUCUAACAGAGAGGUUCCACGUUCUGCUUGACCGAUGCUAUGCAACAACAAGUCCCGUUCCCAACAACAGCACCUACUAUGACCUCUUUGUUGGGUGUACACGUGAUAGAAAAACCAGGGUCGAGUUGAACGGAGCGUCUCAGAAUGCACACUUCUCCUUUGAGGCCUUCCGUUUCAUUGAACACAAGAACAUGACCAUCUCCACUUUCUACCUGCACUGUGUCACCCGACUCUGUGAGGUGUCCUCCUGCUCGUCCUUACUGCCCAACUGUUCAGGUUCCUCCAGGAAAAAGAGAGAAGCCCAGGGAGGGUUGGCCAACGACCAGGCCACAGUCUCCUCCGGGCUCAUCAAGACCAAAGUGGACGACGGUCUUCCAACAGCUUCAUAAUGUAAGAAAUUCUUCCAAGCUGCCCUUGAUAAUCACAGUCAUCAAAGCCUAUGCCUUUCAAUAAAAUAAAAUAAAUGCUCCCAUUGG